AUGGUGGCUCUGCUGCAGCAGUUCCUAACCACGUCCUCACCCAUUUUUGAGGGGCCGGAUGCAGCCAUCAUCCAGGCGUGUGCGGUUGAGCGACUGGCACAGACUUUGAAGCACUUCUCGUCUGGUGAAGAUGUUGCUAUGUCGACUGUCUAUGCCUUGCUGAACACUCUGUACAGCCAUAAUACUACUGAGAACACAGAGGCGCUCGGUCAGUCCAUUCUCAUCCAGGAGAAUGUCAUCGCAGCUAUUUCCAAGAUUGCCUGCAUUUUUAAGAGUGAAAAGAUCACUCCUCUAGUUCUUUCGAUGUUGGCGCAACAAAUUCGCAACUACAGCCCAAAGCUGGACUGCGUCAUCGUGUCUUGUCUGACGGAUAUGGCCUUGACUGGAAGCGAGAGCUCCUUCAACGAUAUCACGCAGAUUCUCUCCAACCUCUCCAAACUUUCGAUCUCACCGGAGAACAAACCCGAGACUAAGGAUCUCUGCGAGGCUGUGAAUGCUUGUCAGCUCCGCUUGGCCAAGACAAUCAACGCGCGACCUGAAUUCUAUGCAUCAUACUUGACAUGCCUGCUCAAGCUGUUUGUUGAGAAAGGUGUCCAGAUCCAGCUGACUGUCCAAUCCCAUAAGAAGAGCCAAAAUAAGAUCAACUCUCUUUCUGCCGGAUUGGGUAUUCUGUUGCCUGUCCUCGGCCAGUUGCUCUCGCAUGACGACUUUCAGCCUCAUCUUAGACCUAGUAAGGAGGACGCUAAACUAUUCCGCGAUACAUGGUUCCACUGUGUUCUCUUCGAAUUUGUCAAGGAUUCGCCCUGGUAUAAGGAAUGGAGCGAAUCGAUGCUUCUGAUUGCCCGCAAGACCCCAGCUUUUGUUUCGGGUGACUUUGGCACCAAUGCUUAUCUGGAGGGCGAUCUUGAGUACAAUUCUGUUCUGCCGCGAAGCAUCCUGGAGGAUCAGAAAGCUUCGAUGAGGGCGACCUUGGCCAGCUAUCUACCAGGCCAAACCAGCGAAAUCAAGUCGCUUAGCUCUGCCAAAGUGGUGUUCCUCCUGUCUGUGUAUCACGUCGAAACCUUCCGCAGCCGUCAAGGAAAUUGUUCGUUCAUUUUGAAGUACUUCAUGAACUCUGGGGUGAACGAUGGCGGUUUAUCGAAUUGUUUAGAGGCCAUCGCCGAUCAGGUCAUCAACGUCUUCGUUUCCGAAUCCCAGACCAAGGUUCUCGCCCACUCCCUCGAUGACAACGUCCGCCAGCAAGUCCGUAACCUGAUUAUUGGCUGCACUCACCGUCUGAAGCGUGUCAGCUCCUUGAGUAACAAAUGGGUCCAUCGCAUGAUUACCACCUUCCCUCAAUUGAUGUGCGACAAGGCUCUGUUGACGCUUGUCCUCGAGUUGAGCGAACUUCUCUGGCUGAGCUGUGAAAACGAGAUGACGGACGAGUAUUGCCCUAUUUACAGCUUCACCUCCGCUAAGGUCAGCGUGACCAUCGACUUGCCGGAUUCAUACCCGUACCGUCGCGAGUUGCUCAGCAAAUUUGUGGAUCUAACUCGCACAUGGAUUGGUGCCUCCAUGGCCAACUCACCUCAGGAGGUCGAUGCCUUGCUUCAGGACUACCUCGCUGAAUCUGAGAAGAUCCACACUGGAAUCAGCCGCGUGCAUAUGGGACGAACACUCGCAGCACGCGCAGGCAAGGACCUUGUCAAGAACCAUAACAGCUUUGACACCCUAGCUAACAUUCCCGGAGCCAUCAUCGACAAUUCUUCUGUCUUCUUCCAGGAGUUUUCGGCUCGUCGUCGCUACCAGGGGGAGAUCGGAGGCAUGGAGACCUUCUCCACCGUGUUCACACAGGAGUCCGGCUCCGCUUUGAAGAGCCAGUUGCCAGCUCUUCGCGAGAACCUCCAAAAGAUGCUGCAGCAAGUCAAGGAUGACCAGUUUGUCUCGAACAAAGACCUUGCCAAUGCCCUUCACCGUGCCGUUAGUGCACUGGUUACUUUGGAUAAGAUCGAGGAGGAUCUCGUCAAGAUGAUCGCCUGGAUUCCAAUUUAUCUGUUCACCCCCGACAGCUUGAAGAUCGGUACCUCGGUUUGGAACUGGUUGAUCACCGAGAAGCCCGCGGUCGAGAAGCGCCUGAUGUCUGAGGUCGCCUCUGGAUGGGCGUGGACAACACGUCAUCAAAAAGGUCUGUUCUCAUCUCUCCUCGAUUCCGAGGAUCCUUUCCGUGUUCGUAUGGAGUAUGCUCCCUCGGAUAAGAAGGCGCGUCAGAAAAGUUACAAGAUUGCCUCCUACCUGUUUGCGCCCCACACCAUCUGGAUUGAGUUCUUGUCCAGCCGAUUCCAGGCAACACGAUACGGCAAUCGCGACAUGGUCGAUAUCUUUACACGCUUGCUUCAAUUGACGUUCAACUCUGGUUUCAAAAUGAGUACUCAUCCCUUGGCCAGAGAGGGUCGCUUCCAGCUUAUCCUUCUUGGACUUCGGCUCAUUCAGUCCAACCGCAUGGAGGCUUUGGUCGAAUACAAGGUUCGUUCUGCGCUGUACCUUGCCGCCCUGUCCUGGUUCGAGUUGUCGCCUCGCUGGUCCUUUGGAGGCAACAGGAUGCUGAGCAAGACUGAGACUAGGAUCAUGACGGAGUUCGGUGUAGCGUUGGAUCAGGACAAGAUCUUUUUGGAUUUCAUUCUUUCGAGCAUGCAGUCAAGCGAAACUCAGGCCGGCUAUCUCAUCACAAAUGACCUUACUCGCGACGCCAUUGUUCGUAAGCAUACCCAGUGCCGCCGCUUGUUGUCGCUAUUGAACGAGAACGAAUUGAACCGUUUGAGCGUGUGGAGCACGCCUCUCGUCUUGAGUGGCGCCAGCCCGGAGGUCAGCGUUCAGGAGAAGAGCUUCUCUGAGGAGGGUUGGCGCAAUAUGGUUCGCUUUGCUUGGAGCGUCUCGCCAACGUUGGCCCUGCAGCUGAUGGCUCGCUUCAAGAACAAUAUCAUCCCAAGCGAACUCAGCAAUCUUCUGGCCAGCGAUCCUUUCGCGGCUGUGCAUGACUCGGAUGCAGUCCAGAUCCUGCUGGGCGAUGGCGGUGCCCGUUACUCGCCCUCGCAGCUCAAAUAUCUGCUGUUCUGGCAUCCUGUUUCAUCCAUCACUGCGAUCUCGUACUUCCAACCCGCGUACCACAACAACCCCAUGGUUCUACAGUACGCAAUGCGUUCUCUGGAGCACUCACCUGUCGAGGUCGUCUUCUUCUAUGUGCCCCAGAUCGUGCAGGCCCUGCGCCAUGAUGACCUGGGAUAUGUCGAGAAGUACAUUAUGCAUGCUGCUCGUGUCUCGCAGCUUUUUGCCCACCAGAUCAUUUGGAACAUGAACGCCAACAUGUACAAGGACAACAACAGUGAAGUCCCAGACCCACUCAAGCCCGCUUUGGAUCGCAUUAUCGAGAACAUUGUGAACGGACUGUCAGGCGAGGCCAAGAGCUUCUACGAGCGCGAAUUCCAGUUCUUCAACCAAGUGACAUCCAUUUCCGGAACGCUGAUGCCUCUUGUCAAAAAGAGCAAGCCCGAGAAGAAGAAGAAGAUUGACGAGGAGAUGGCCAAGAUUGUGGUUGAUGUUGGAGUGUACCUACCCAGUAACCCCGAGGGUGUGGUCGUCGACAUUGACAAGCGGUCGGGACGACCCCUUCAGAGUCACGCCAAGACGCCCUUCAUGGCAACAUUCAAGGUCCGUAAGACGCGCGAGGAGUCGACUCUUGACAAGGCGAUUAUCAAGCGCGGUGCUGGUGACGAUGAGGAUGAAGAGGCGGUGCCCAAGACCUACGAUGUCUGGCAGUCAGCCAUUUUCAAGGUCGGAGACGACUGUCGUCAGGAUGUGUUGGCUAUCCAGCUGAUUGCGGUAUUCAAGAACAUCUUUACAAGUGUUGGACUGGACUUGUACCUGUUCCCCUAUCGUAUUGUAGCGACAGCCCCUGGCUGCGGUAUGAUCGAUGUUAUCCCCAAUUCGAUCUCGCGUGAUAUGUUGGGUCGUGAAAAGGUCAACAACCUGCAGGAUUACUUUGUGACGAAGUAUGGAGGUGUGGAUUCGAUUGAGUACCAGAAGGCGCGAAACAAUUUCAUCCAGUCUGUAGCCUCGUACAGUGUAAUUUCCUACCUGCUCCAGUUCAAGGACCGACACAACGGCAACAUCAUGAUUGACGACGAUGGACAUGUCAUUCAUAUCGACUUUGGAUUCAUCCUUGACAUUUCGCCUGGAGGUAACAUUAACUUUGAGUCGUCCCCUUUCAAGCUGACGGCGGAAAUGAUCCAAAUCAUGGGCACCAGCAUCGAGGACCAAGGUUACAGAUGGUUCUGUGAACUCUGCAUUAAGGCUUAUCUGGCUUCGCGUCCAUACGCUGAACAGAUCUGUCAAAUGGUGGCCUUGAUGCUUGAGUCGGGCCUGCCUUGCUUCCGAGGGGAGACUAUCAAGCGUCUGAGAUCGCGGUUCCAGCCAGAUCGCUCAGAGCGUCAGGCGGCCGAGUUCAUGAAGGAGAGAGUGGACGAAUCAUACCUGAACCGCCGCACUGUCCUCUAUGACUCGUUCCAGAAGGUCACCAACGGCAUUCCCCAUUAA